UGGUAACUUAAUAUAUAUAAUAUAUAUAUAUUAAGUUAUAUAUAAAGGAGGUCAUAUAGGCCUAUGUGACCUCCGGCACAUAUCCAAACUUUCUGUCGCGUUAGUCAUUUUUAGAUUUUUAGCCUUUUUAGGAUUAUUUGAACUAGACAGUAGCUGAGUCCACUCUACCCUACUCUGCAGAAGGCUGAGACAGCAUGAUUAGGCUUAGUCCAGCUUAUCUAGCUAAUGCUUUCUGUUUGAGUGUGUUUUGCUCGUCAGUGUUCCUUUUUUUCUUUAGAAACAUUGCUUUAACAUUGCCACAGAGUGACUCAGAGAAUAGCUCAUUCUGGAAGUAAGCACUGGAUUAAUUUACUCUGUGAGUCAUCCAGAAAUACCUCGGAAUUUUAUUGCCAGUCACGAUGGUGCUAGCAAGAAUAAUAGUGUUAACUCUAUUAUUGCAUGUUUAAAAGUUCAAACCCUGUUGAAAAUCUGGUCUUUUGUUCUAGUAUUUACAAUCAAUGGGAAGACUUUGCACUCGAUCACAAUUCUCUGCUGCAAGUGUUUUUUGCUUUUGGAUUCCUUUGAUGUGAUCUACUGAAAGAAAAGACUAUAAUCUGAAGAGGACAUGCUGUCCUGGCUCCAAGUUAACAUAAAUUAGUAGGGUAGCCAUGGGACCUCCCACAACCACCCAGAAUGAGACGAGGGGAUGGCGAACAUCUAUGCCCUGUCAACGGAAAUCUGUCAUGGUUGUCCAUUCCACACCUUCGGGGGACGAGGUUAGGUGCAAGAGUUAUUCAAUAAAUUUAAGACAGUGAGUUUUGUUUUCCAAACUUUUUUCCCCCCAAAUGUCUUUGUAAAGUCAAACCUGAAAGUUUUGUGAUAAAAAAAAUCUUACAAGUUGGUCACACACAGUCUUUUCCAGUCUGCCCUUGUGUGAUAAUAUUAUGAAUGUGACAUUUUUCCGAGCACUUACUCCCAGAACAAAAUAGUCUUUGACCAAUCAACCGUAUUCUUAUUUUGACUAAGUCCUGAUGUGGCCUUUCCAAUGAUGUCUCAUGUGUUUGGGUGGUCUCUUUUAGCCCCAGUGAGGCAGGGAAUCACAAAAGUUAGUUAAACUGAAAGUUUUUUCUCAGUUCUCAGGAGACCAUAUUUACAUUAUCCCUGUACUUGUGGGCUGUAUUACGAAGUACUGAUUUAAUAGGGUGAUUCAUAUUUUGAUUUCCAAAAAAAAGGACACUUGGCCCAGUCAUGAAGAACUUUAAUAAUACUGUUUGCUUAAAGAAAACGUUAACAUAUUUAAACAAUGCCUUCUCUGUGCGGUUAAUGAGGAGAAAUAAAAAAUGUCAUGUAAGCUUUUAGUCAACAAAAGUCACUAAAAGCUAAGUCAACAAGUUCAAAAAAAUGUUUGCUCCCCCAAGAUUUACCAUGUAGCUGCUUUUCCUCCUGUGUUUUUCCCACCAUUCAGCCAUGACCUAAUUUAGCCUCAGUGAAGCUGGAGUCUAUCCCAGUGAACUGAAAUGACCUUCAUGAAUUUGCAAGCACAUUAAAAAUGCACUUUUCUUUCCCCUUCCAGCCAGAUACAGACAUGAUGCUUCCUCUCCCAGAUAUCAUGCUAGGGACUUUUUCUGACCUUAAAACAGCAAGACAACGCCACAAAAGCACAACAGACUUUCCUCACCAAAGCAACAUUUCUUUGCUUCCCUCUUAUACUCAUUGUCUUAUAGAUAGAGAACAAGACCUCUUGCGUCGUUGCUCACUCGGGGAGACCAAGAGUCUUUCACGCUACCCUCGCCAUGCCCUCAGCGUGCCUGAAAUCGGCUGCAUUAGUCCCCUUCAUGUCAUUACCCACAGUCCGCUCCACAGCACGUCGCUCUCACCGGCAAAAAGCAACAUAUCCAGCCCUGCUAGAGAGAUGGAGAAGCUUGCAAACGCCAUGAGUAAACUUCUAGAGAGUGAAAGUAACCAAACCCCUACCAUCACUCCAGAAACAAGAGAACAACUUCGCUAUGUCGCCAAAGAUGGAAAGUGCCGAGUCAACCUUUGUCAUAUUUCAGAAAGGGGCCGUUUCCUGUCUGAUAUCUUUACUUCUUUUGUGGACCUCCAGUACAGAUGGUUCUUAUUUGUCUUCAUGAUGUGCUACAUUGUCACCUGGUUUUUCUUUGCUGUGCUCUACUUCUUGAAUGCUUUCUUUAGAGGUGACCUAGAAAAGGAGAAGCCACUCACCACCCCUGAAGAAAACCUCAUAGACCACGCACCCUGCUAUUUGGGUGUAGAUGAUUUUAUCUCUGCUCUUCUUUUCUCAGUGGAGACACAGCGCACCAUUGGUUAUGUAUCAAUGGUGUCUCCCAGCACAGUGUCUCCCAGCUGCCACGAGGGUGUGGUGCUGGUCAUGACGCAACAUUGUUGGGGCAUUGUUGGGUCCAUGAUAGAUGCUCUCAUGGUAGGCUGCAUGUUUGUUAAAAUAUCCCGACCCAAGAAGCAAGCGGAGACACUUCUUUUUAGUCGCACUUGUGUCAUUGCUAACCGGGAUGACCAGCUCUGCUUGAUGUUCCGCCUGGGAGACCUCAGAGAAAGUCACAUGGUGGACGCAAAGGUUCGUGCAAAGUUAAUCAAGUCCCGGCAAACAGCAGAGGGAGAGUUCUUGCCUCUCGAGCAGACAGAGAUUAACCUUGGUUAUGAAACUGGCUCAGACCGACUUUUCCUGGUGGAGCCUCAAGUCAUUCGGCACAAUAUUGACUGCGACAGUCCGCUGUGGGAGCUGGAUCCAGAGCAACUCAGAAGACAGCAGUUUGAGAUCAUCGUUAUUUUAGAAGGAAUUGUUGAGGCCACAGGUGAGUAA